UCUAAAUGCCUUUUGACUUUUGAGCUUACUAUUUGAAUUUUAAGUUGUUUUAUAAUUGGUAUUUAAAUAUUGCAAUUUGUAUCUUGCUGUCCUUGAUUAACUUAGUGCAUGUGUGUGUGCCAUAUGCAAUAAUAUUAUGCUUGUGUUUAGUCAUUUUAAUUGUAUGCUGGAGGGGAUUUUUACUGACCCUCAUCAAUAUUGUAUGAGCUAGAAUGUUUUGAUUACAUUACAUUCUAUUUUAGUCAAUGAUUCACCUUUGGAUAUCCAAUAUAUGAGUGAUUCUGAGGCUGAGACCGCCUCAAUGGAGACUACCAGGAUGUACAAAGAUGACCUAGAAUUAUCUCGUAUGUCUUUGUAUCUUAGCUCUCAAGAUCUGAUAAACAAUUCUCCAGAAGCUGCUCGACACAUAAGGCCGGAAAGCAUAACUUUUGAUUCGACACCGGGUGAUAUAUCUGUGGAUUUUGUACUUGUUUCAUCAUCCAAAGCCAAAGCACCAGUAGACAUAGAUGGUUGGAACCGUAGAUCUGCUUUUGAGGAAAGAAUUAAAGAACAAGGAUUACUUCUUGAAGAAGAUGUUGUUGGUGGGUUGACAUUUGUCAAAGUGCAUGCACCUAUUCCAGUGUUACGUAGAUAUUGUGAAAUAUUAAAACUGCGAAUGCCCAUGAAAGAGUAUCCAAUAACUGAACAUAUUCCUGAAAAAGGUUUUGAUCUAAUAGAGAAGAUAAAGAAAUGUAUUGGUCGCAUUAUAAGAGUUUUUAUUACUAUUGAUCCAGGACCAUUUGCGCCAACUAAGUACAUUCUGACAGCAGAGUAUUCACGGGAAAAAAGUUACUUGUUUAAUGAGGAUGAUCCAGAAUUUUUUUCUGCUGAAGUUCGCACAUUAGUUAUAGAUUUUAUCUUAAACAGAGUUAGCUGGGGAAAAGAUCAAGCAGAUGGUAAUUGUGUUGGAAUUCAGUGUCUUUUAGAUGGAGGUGUUUAUAGAGCUGCUUAUCCUUUACAUGAUGGAGAACAUACUACUGAAAAUUCAUUACGCCACCAGCUAUAUGUUGAAUGGGCUAUGAUGAGUAAAUGGAUCCGUAAACAGCCCAUUGAUCAGAUUAAAGAGUAUCUGGGUGUGAAGUAUGCAUUUUACUUCACAUGGUUAGGGUUCUACACACAUCUGUUAAUUCCAGCUGCUAUUUUGGGUUUAAUUGUAUUUUUCUAUGGUAUCUUCACUUUUCCUAAUAAUAGAUUUAGUUCUGAUAUUUGUAAUGCAACAGACACAAUAAUGUGCCCAUUAUGUGAUCGUACAUGUGAUUAUUGGGAACUUUCAAAUACCUGUUUUUACGCAAGGUUAACAUAUUUAUUUGACAAUGAUCUGACUGUGAUAUUUGCUUUCCUAAUGUCUAUUUGGGCAACUCUAUUUCUUGAACUAUGGAAACGAUAUUCAGCUACUAUUACACAUCGCUGGGGAUUAACAGGAUUCACUUUUGAAGCUGAACAUCCAAGGCCACAAUACUUGGCACGUUUGUCUGGAUCUAAUCAUACUAAAGUGAACAUUAUCACUGGAAAUAUUGAACCAACCGUACCUCUCUGGAAAAAAAUUCCUGCAACAUUAUUUAGCAUUUCCGUUCUUUUACUAUUAAUUGUGAUUGCUAUUGCUGCUGUGUUUGGAGUUGUGCUAUAUCGUAUGUCUGUUUUGGCAUCACUUAGUCUUACAAAUCAAUCUGAUUGGAUGAGUACUUAUAGCAAUAUAUUUAUUCCAACUACAGCUGCUAUCAUUAAUUUGGUUUGCAUUCAACUAUUAAAUUUUGUUUAUGAUAAAGUUGCUAUUUAUUUGACUGAAAUGGAACUACUACGCACACAAACCGAAUUUGAUGAAUCUUUAACAAUAAAAAUUUACUUAUUCCAAUUUGUAAAUUAUUAUACAUCAAUAAUUUAUAUAGCUUUUUUGAAAGGCAAAAAUGUUGGUUAUCCAGCUAAAUAUUUGCGUAUAUUCGGUCUUCGACAAGAAGAAUGUAGUCCAGGAGGCUGUCUCAUGGAACUAAGCAUCCAAUUGUUCAUUAUAAUGGUUGGGCAACAAGCAUUAAAUACUGUUGUUGAAAUGAUAAUUCCUGUGGGUUUAAAUUGGUUCAAUUCAUUGACUGAGAACACAGGUCGUUUAGAUAAUCUGAAAUCAACAUCUGAAGAGGAAGAUUUGGCUACAGCUGUUAAAAAACCUUGGAUUGAAGAUUACAGACUUUUAGAUUGGGGUCCAAGAGGUCUCUUCCCGGAAUAUUUAGAAAUGGUUAUGCAAUAUGGUUUUGUAACAUUAUUUGUUACUGCAUUUCCACUGGGUCCUUUCUUUGCAUUGUUAAACAAUGUGUUUGAAAUGAGACUAGAUGCAAAAAAGUUUUUGAAAUAUUUCCGUCGACCAAUUCCUCAUAGAGUGCCUAAUAUUGGUGUCUGGUAUCGGGUAUUGGAUAUUUUGGGAAAGUUAGCUGUUAUUACAAAUGCGUUUAUAAUAGCAUUUUCUUCCAAUUACAUACCUCGUAUGGUGUAUAUAAGCUUAGUGAGUGAAGACAACACAGAUAAGGGUUUCUUAAACAAUACUUUAGCUUACUUUGAUACCAAAGACUUUGAAAAGGGAAUCGCUCCAUUGUCAUCAUCAUAUACUAAUGUUACUUAUUGCCGCUAUAAAGACUAUAGAAAUCCACCAUGGUCCCCACAGAGGUAUGAAAGACCUACAUUUUAUUAUGAAGUGCUUGUUGCACGUCUCACAUUCAUUGUUAUAUUUCAAAAUAUUGUAUCAUUAGUGAAAGUAGCAGUUCAAUGGUUGAUACCAGAUGUUCCAAAUGCCCUCAGCGACAGAAUUAAACGAGAGUCUUACCUUACUACUCAAAUGAUAAUUAAGAAUGAGGCGAAAAAAGCAGCAGGCAUAAAAGAAAAAAAAUUGAACACAUGGAUGGUAUGUUGCACGGCGUCAAUUCACCAAAAAGCUUAUAAGACCAAUACAGCAAUACUUAUAAAAGGUCUUGAAGACUUAUUUAUUGUUAAAUGUUAUGUUUUGUUUAACCACACUCUGUAUAAAAAUUAAUUUGUUUUACCAACUACCAACUAUUUAAGUUAGUGAGACCUAACCUUUUUUUUUUUAACGAACUAAAAUAGUAAAAUGUUAAAUAAGUAAAUUGGCUACUUAUAAUAGAAAAAAUUUAGAGUAAUAAAAAAUCGGAAAUUUAAAUAUAUGGAAAUAAUGAUUUUUUUUUAAAUAUUUUGUUUUAACUUAAUAAUUGGACUUAGGUUAGGCAUCACUGAUAUAAGUCAUUCUCUUGUGUUCAUGGUUUUUAGUAUUAAAUAUGAAGCUUUUUGCAAUUGCUUGGUAAAUGAUAAUCAUUAACAUUUUUCAUGCACAAAUCCACAAACAUGCUUGUUAAAUAAUUACUAAACUUUUAUCAUUUAUAUUGAUAUAAUAUAUAAAAAUAUUGCUAAUUAUAAUGACCAAAGAUCCUCAUUACGAAUAGAGCUACUUGUUUGUUAUCACUCUGUAUACAAUUAUCACCCUGAAACCAGGUAAUCUUUCGCCUAGAGUACUAUAAGUUCUUAAGGAACCAAAGAAACCGAUAGUUAUCAGUUCUUGUACAAAUUUUAAUCGGUACCAGUUCUUAUAUGAUAUUUCAAUAAAGUAUCGUAUGUCACAAACUUUAUAUUGUUAUUACUUUUUAUUAUUAUUUAUUAAUUAUUUCUAGAUUUUUAAUGGACUGAAUACUGUAGUAAAAUAA